AUGUCCGGUAAAGGUGGUAAAGCUGGUUCUGCUGCUAAAGCUACACAAUCGAGAUCUGCUAAGGCUGGUUUGACUUUCCCAGUUGGUAGAGUCCAUAGGCUUUUGAGAAAAGGUAAUUAUGCUCAGAGAAUUGGUUCUGGUGCUCCUGUGUACUUGACAGCAGUUUUGGAAUAUUUAGCUGCUGAAAUUUUAGAAUUGGCUGGUAACGCCGCAAGAGAUAAUAAGAAAACAAGAAUUAUCCCAAGGCAUUUGCAACUGGCGAUCAGAAAUGAUGAUGAAUUGAAUAAAUUAUUAGGUAACGUUACCAUAGCUCAAGGUGGUGUUCUGCCAAACAUCCAUCAAAACCUUCUACCAAAAAAGUCUGCAAAGACAACGAAAGCUUCUCAAGAGCUGUAA